GUGUCGCAUCGUCGCGUCCAUCGCGUCGUCGAUCGCCGCGCGCGCGUCGCGCGCGCGCCGCGCGUCGCCUCGUCAUCGUCAAAGGCAUCGACGUCGUCAUCGUCGUCAUCGCCGCGCGACGGACCGCUCGGUCUGCCGAUAACGUACCACGUCGCCCCGCCUCGACCGUCCGAUGGUAAGAGCACGUUCGGCGACGCGAAGUGCGAGCCGUCGGCGGAGGAGCUGGACACGUGCACGAUUCAACAGUCGACGGAGGUGUACGACCGCAGGUGCGGCAAGUGCGGCGGGAAUAAGUUGGUGAUGUCGACGACGCGACGGGGAGGACGGCACCAAGAGACGAUCAGCACGUGUCAGGCGUGCGGAGGGACGGGGUACGUGCGCGUGGCGUCGUCGAGGGUGCCGGCGGAUUUCGAGGGAGGGGACUCGGAGGCGGCGGCUUUCGAACAUUUUCCUCGACACGACGCGGAGCCGGAGAAGAAGAUUGAGGUUAGAAGGAAUAUUUUCGCGGAUUUUGAAAAGCAAUCGUCGACAAAGUCGAUGGACGAGGGAAGCGGUGCGCGCUGA